UGUUAUUGAGCUCCACGUGACCGGGACGCGUUGGGACGAAGGCGAUUCCUCGGGUUUUUGCGUUCAUUUGGCUUAACAAGAGGCCUGUUUGCCAUUUGGUGAGAGGAGGAGCAAGGGAGAUUUCAGAUAAUUGGCUGUCCUGAGGAAAGAUGGCCAGCCAGGCAGAAAUUUUUGCAGAACUGGGUAUUCCCGGUGCCGUGCCAGCUGGCGGGGCUGGCAUGGGCUCCAUUGAUGCCGAUGGUCUGGGAAAUGAUCAAACUAUGGAGCAGCUUUGGGCCAUGAAGGCAAUGGAACAUGCUGAGAUCCACUUCAAUCUUCUGUGCGCAGUUGACCCACGGUUGUUAAAACUCACGCCGAAGGACGACCUUAUUUACAACACUUUCAGAAAACAGUUUCCCGAUUUUAAUAUUGAGAAACUGGUGGAGAAGGAUCUCAAAGACAAGGAGGCAAAGGAGAAAUGGAGACCCUUCUGCAAGGAAUUUGAGCACGAGAUCGAGGACUACAGCUUUGCCACCCUCGUCCGCAUCGACUCCCAGCUAGACUACUCGGAGGAAAAUACUAUCCUUGUGACCCGCAUCCAGUUCUUCGCCAUUGAGAUCGGCCGCAACAGGGAGGGAUACAACGACUCCAUCAGGACCAAGUACAAGCCUAAGCCCCGUGCCAAGAAGGCCCAGAAAUAGCAGCGGGAUGUUGGCCAUAAUUUCGUCGGUUCGUAAUUUUAAAUUGUGCGCGGGAACCUCGUUUCUGGUUCGGCAACACGUUUUCUUUAUAUCAUAAACUAUGUUAGUUUGCAUCCUUUUCUUGUUUGGAUCUUGUAAAUCUCAGCUUUGUGGUUGAUUACUGCUUUGUCAACAGGCAUUAUGUACAAUGUUAUUAUCCUCCAGGUGUAUCUGUGUAACAACUUGUGACAACAGCUGUGGAAGUAGAGGAGCGCAGUGGUAUAAACAACGCUUUAUAAAUGUUGUAAUAGUACCAGUAGUAAAAUAACUAUAUUUUACUGACGUGCAUGAAUGGCUUGAUUUGUAUUGUGAUUAAUGAGAGUAAAUAAUUGGUUGAGAUGUUCCCUCCAGUGUCACUUCUAAUGGGAAGUAUUUAGCAGUUUGUACGAUGAAGUAUGCUUAUGAUGAUAUAUAUUUCUAAGUUCAUUGUCUGUGUAUAACUUCAUCUCUGAUAUGAAAUACUAAUAAACAAUCUGUGGUAGUAUUACACCUUUUCAUAUAAUGUCAAUUAAAAAUUAUUAUUGUUAUUUUUGUUUAAAUUUUAUUUAUUCAUUAUUAUUUGUUAAUGAAUAAUUUUUUACCUCCUUGUUAUGAAAGUGGUGAAGUGGAAUUUUGGAGCGUUGUAAUUUGAGAAAGUGGGUCCACUAUAUAUUUAAAGGUGAGGUGUUUGGAGACUUAAGUUGUUUUUUGUUGUAAAUGUCCAAUAAAAAAUUCAUGUAUA